UCAUGAUGACUCGGAACAGAGAGCCAAACGACGGUUCAGGUGUACAAGGGUGAAGGAGCCAGUAGGGGCGGAUAGCUCUACGCUGUUGGUUCCAACCACCUCCACACGAACACCUUACGCAUGUAAAAUACCAGAGAAUUACCUCUGCGCUGUACUAAGUCAAGCUGUCGUUUGGAACCCCCUUUCUCUGAAAAUUUACGCUCUUUUUUUCCAUCACUUGGACCCCAACCACGACCUCAUACCCAGCAGGACCCAGUCCUCAAAUCCUCCAACGACCGUCACUCCUUUACCUCAAAGAACAAGUUUCCACGCUCCUUACGAUACGAGAUUCCCUACGAAGGCUCGCACUGAGCUUGCCUUUACCGAUCACCUACUUCCCUUGUGCUACAGAGCCGCCAUGCCGAUCGAGAAAUAUACCAUUAUCGUCAAUGAAGAGCGCUUCGUCUUUACUAGAGACCAACUAGAGUCGGAUCCAGGCAAUUACUUUGCUCAAUACUUCCUCUUGGGGUUCAAAGAGGUCCCAAAGGGAACCCGAGAGAUGGAGAUUGAAAAGGAGCCUCUCUUCUUCAAGCUGAUCCAAGCCCAUCUCAGAGGCUACGAUAUCUUUCCGCUGCCAGACCCCUGGAUUCCUAGCUACAUGACGAAGGAGAGCGCGCUGAACAACCUCUUCAAGGAGGCUCAGUUUUACGGCCUCUGGAAUCUGCAAAACAAAAUCUUGGAGUUCCAAGCAACAGAAAAGGCCAACAAAGAGAGAACCAAAUCCGUGCACCGCGUCUCAAAGAAGCGGUAUAAACUGGCGGUAAGCAUCCUUAUACUCCCAUGA